AUGGCUGACUCGCAGAACCAGGGCUCUGCGGAGCGGAGCCAGGCAGCGGCGGCAGCAGCAGCAGCAGCGGACGCGGCUGCGGCAGCGGAGGAGGUAAUGGCGGAAGGCGGUGCGCAGGGGGGAGAUUCUGACAGCGCGUCCGGCGACUCCGACGGUGCGGUCGGUCAGAUGGCUGAGGAGCCCCAGACCCCUGCAGAGAAUGCACCAAAGCCUAGAAAUGACUUUAUCGAGAGCCUGCCUAACUCGGUGAAAUGCCGAGUCCUGGCUCUCAAAAAGCUGCAGAAGCGAUGCGAUAAGAUAGAAGCCAAAUUUGACAAGGAAUUCCAGGCUCUUGAGAAAAAGUAUAACGAUAUCUAUAAGCCCUUACUUGCUAAGAUCCAAGAGCUCACCGGUGAGAUGGAGGGGUGUGCAUGGACCUUAGAGGGUGAUGAGGAGGAUGAUGAUGAUGACGAGUACGAGGAUGAGGAGGAGGGAGAGGAGGAGGACGAGGAGGAAGAAGAGCCUGCAGCAGAGGCUGCCGCGACCGUUGCCGCCAAAGAUGAGGGUCCCUACUCUGCAGUGCCUGAUGACGCCAAGAAAUAA